UCAUUGCAUCCUCAAAUGCCACCGUUAAUUGGAAGGUAACUGCGGAGUCCACGCUUUAUCACCAUUUGGCCUAAUAUAAACAGAAUGAACUCAGACUCGUGCUUAAAAGCUUCCGAGUGAUGAAUUGUCCAAUGUUAUGCUAAGACCCAAUUAGCCUUUAUUCUAUUUAAAUCCGAUGGGGGACUUAACAUUCACAGAGGUCCACAAAGCACUAGUAGUAUUUUUCUUUCUAUAAAUACCAACUGAUAAUUAGUGCCACACCGGGGAAAAAAAAAAAAAAACAAUGGCACGCUCUAAGGCAGCCGCAGCCCUUCUCAUUUUAUUGAACCUUAUCUUCAUCUCCUUCUUCAGCAAUGUCUCCUCCAAUGGAGUCCCGUGUCCUCCCUCGGCCCCGAAACCGGCGGAAAAAUGCCCGAAAGAUACUCUGAAGUUUGGUGUUUGUGGUGAGUGGCUGGGACUGGUGACUGAAGUAAUCGGGGCCAAACCCAGCCCCAAAUGCUGUGCAUUGGUGGAAGGCUUGGCUGAGCUCGAGGCUGCACUGUGUUUGUGCACUGCAAUUAAGGCCAAUGUGUUGGGUGCUGUCAAUGUUGAAGUUCCCAUUGCCCUGAGUCUGGUCGUCAAUGGGUGUGGAAAGAAGGUUCCAGAAGGCUUUGUAUGUGCUUAGGAAUGGGUGUGCGAGCGUGCGCACGCACUUUGUGUUUGUACUUUGUUCAUGUGUUGGUGAAUGACAGGAUUGUAGUCUUGAUGUGUGGUCAAAGGGGAAAAGCAAGAUUGAGGGUGCUCCUUAAUCACUUUCCGAUGUACUAAAAUGAUAGUAAUUGUGAGUGAUUAUGUAAGUUUUGAAUAAUCAGGUAUUCAGGCUAA